CUCCCACGACCUACAUGGACCCAGACACUGUACUGCGAGCACUGUCAGAACUAGAUAACGCCGACUGCCCCCAGCUCGCAGGCAGUAACAGUGAGCGGCACCUGGAUGAACUCACCAACUUUCUGCACAACAAGGACAGACAGCUUGGAGACGUCACGCAGUACACAGCUAACAUGUCUUUUAGCAUCUGUGACGACGCGGAGGCAGAGACGGGGUCAGAGGCGGAGACAGAGACAGAGGCGGAGACAGAGGCGGCGGCGGCGGCGGACGAGAAGGCGGACGACGAGAUGCUCGACGACGAGUUCGUCCGGCAGGUUUCGCGUGAGCUAGAGGGCAGCACCAUCGGCGGCGGCGGCGGCCCGCGCCACGUGCAGUACGUCCAGCUGACGCCCGAGUACGGCAUUCACGUCGUCAACCACAGCGGCGCCCCCUACGUCAUCAGCAUGGAGAUAUCGAGCAUGAUGUGGGAGACGGACCGACUGCGCGCGCUGCUGAGGAAUAAGAAGCUGGCUGUUCCUAGACUGGUUCUGUCGGAAUCUGAACAGCCUGCGCUGUUCAUUGAACUCCGACUGAACUGCCUCCUGUCAGUCAGCAGUGGGGAGCAGACCCAUGUGACGCUUUACGAACUGAAAUGCAUUCCUCUGAUCCUAGAGACAUUUAAGCAUUCAUCUGAAGAGCUCAGGGCGAGAAUAGCAGAAGAGAUUGGCAAUUUCGACGCCCAAGACCCAUACUGGACGGGCAUAGAAGAAGAGCAGAGUGAGGAGGCUGAGACUACGGAGGAGGAUGCUGAGGAACCAGAGCCUCUUAUCUGUGACCUUGGUGUGGACGAGCUUCAGUUGAGAGAGAGGGCGCUGCAGUUCCGACGGAUGCGCAUCCUGGAGGCGAUGACGUCAGGCGUGAUGUCGUACGCGGCGGGAGUCGACGAGAUGAACCUCGUGGAGACGCAGAUUGCCUACACGCACCGUCUCAUACAAGACCAGCAGAAGCAGCAGCAAGAGCAGCAGCAGGUGACCAAGUCUACAGUGCCGCACCCGCCCGGCUUCGGCAUGUCCCACCAGGAGGCCGUCGUCGCUCUCAUCAGACGCAGCGCCGCCGUACAACCAGAGGGCGCCACCGUCAAACCAGUGGGCGCCACCGUCCAACCAGAGGGCGCCACCGUCCAACCAGAGGGUGCCACCAUACAACCAGAGGGCGCCGCUGCCACCUCCGUAGUUCCAAACCCGUUGGCAGUCGCGACCGAAUCGUCGAGGACGGAACCGGCGGCGCCCGUCGCCGCGGCGACCGCACCUUCUAAGUCAUCGUCGCAGUCCGACUCGAGUUCGGCGGCGAGCGCACGCGUGGCUGGCUCCCUUCCUGCGCCGUGCGUCGACCUCUACCCCUCCUGGACCAGCAAGCCUCUCUCUGCGGGAGGAGAGCCGCGCGGCAGCGAGGCGGCCGCAGCGGACCCGGCGGCUGCGGCGGACCCUGCGACCGCGCUCGAAGGAGGCGCGGGCGACGCUGGCGUCGCGCCAGACGACGACCUGUUAACGAGUCGCGAUCAGCGUUGCCUCGACGACAUGCUGGAGCGGUUUGAGACGCAGGAUCUGUCUUGUGAGGUAGAGGAUGGAGAUGCUGGGAAGGACGACAGUGGAAACACCAGCAGCCUGAGCAUGGAGGAAGCUUACCAGAGGUAUAUGCUCACUUGCUCAUCAGUAGAAGCGGACAUGGGUGUGGGAGCUGAGGACAGCAAGCAGCAGGCAAGGGAAGAGGUAGAGAAGCAACAAGAAGACGACACUCUCCUCAAGUUCCUCGAUCGCCUAAAGCAGCACAAUGUCACCAGUAGCUUCACGGGGGAGGAGGUCGCACGCAAGAAAGGCACGAGGACGCACAGUGAAGCAAGCAGCAGCGAUAUAUGCCAAGCAUCUUCACUCAGCAGCAGUGGUGCAGCUCCUAGUAGUGCUACCUACAUCAACAGCGGUGCCACCUACAGCAACAGCAGCGCCGCCUACAGCAACAAUGGUGCUUCCUACAAUAACAGCAGUGCCAACAACAGCAAUAGUAGUGCUGGGCUUGGCAGUCAGGCCUCGCUAAAUACAGAUGUUAGCCAGGGCACCGACGAGUCAAACAACAUUCUCAGUCUCCUGAGCAAGAUACAGAGUUUGGUGAAGCAGCCGCAGCACGAAGGAGCCGGAGGGGGAAGCUCCGAAAUUACCGAGCAGGAGCUGGAGCGCCUUGUUAAUGUGCUGGCCGAGAAGGGAGUCAUCAGUGACGCAAACUCCGUCCCGCAGCAGCAGCAGCAGCAGCAGCAGCAGCAGCAGCAGCAGCAGCGAGAAUUGUUAGCGCCACCGUCGUCCCGCACCACUGACCCCAAGGUGAACAUGGUAUCUCCCAUCAGGCAGAGCGCCGUGCCGCUGGCGGCGCCCCCUGCCAGCAGCCAGGGCGACUGGACGCGCGGUCAGUGGCAGGCGCAGCAGCCGGCUGCAUCGCAGUCGUACAGCUACGCUCACGUGCCGACCUACCACCAGAACACGCAGUCGGGCAUUGGACGCGGUUACCACCAGCCAGGCAAUGCGUAUAACCAACCAAUGCAGUAUCCGGGCAUGUACCUGCAGCCAGCGGUGCACCAGCUAGGCAUGCAGCAGCAUCAGCACCAGCAGCAGCAGCAGCAGCAGCAGCAGCAGCAGCAGCAGCAGCAGCAGCAGCAGCAGCAGCAGCAGCAAACGAUGCAGUAUGUAUCGAUGCAACAGCCGAGCUUGCACCCUGCAGGCAUGCAACAAGUGAGGAUGCAACAGGCAAUGAUGGCACCGACUGAGGCCUAUCGACUGGGGAACCCAUUCAGUCAGCCCAUGCCUGCGUAUGCGCCUGCCCCAAUGUACGUACCUCCGUACGAGCAGCAGCCGCAGCCACCAGCUUCGUCCACUUAUUGGAGCACGAAGGAUUAACCCAUGCGCAUAAUCGACUUGACUACCUGAUGUCUAUAACCCAUGCUGUCCUGUUAAUCUAUAUGCGAGAAGUAUACCUCCUGUUUACGUUCAAAGUCGUUAGCUUUAGUUGCUAGUAAUUUUAGCUGUGAUUAGCAGAUUGGAGGAUUUGAUCAGUGUGGCAACACUGUUUGUCAGGAAUUGCAGAGCUAGCAGAAGUCGGCUUGGGUAGGCUCACAGUGAACCGCUGUUGUCGUGUGGUAGAGCAAAUCUUAUAUGCUUACCAGCAGCGAUGUGGUGUUUCGACUGGUAUCUGAUUACAUUACUCAAUCGCGCGUGAUUUUACAUGUUAAAUUUUGCUUUUGUAUUUUGCUUGUGCGUGCGUGUGUGCGUUUGUGAGCGUGUGAGUGUGCGUGCGUGCGUGCGUGAGUGUGUGAGUGUGUGUGCAUA